AUGCAGACAUUAAAACUACUCACUGCACAACUACCUCAUUGGGGUCAUCAGAACUGUCUGUCAUUGGCAGUGAUGGCCAAUCACAAGCCUUUUCUAGCUCAUCCAUGUUGUCAGCGCCUCUUAGCUGAACUUUGGCAUGGUUCGUUGCGGGUUCGUAGUGGGUCGAAUCUUCGAGUGCUUGCAGCCCUGAUCUGUCCACCGGCUGCGUUAGCGUUAACGUACAAAGCACCAUGUGUUUCAGCCGAAACAUCCAGUCCUGAACAACAUGAUGAGGAAUGUGCGACAUAUGAUACGAUAAGUUCGUACAAAACGGAUCACCUUGAGGGAAAUAGCGUUGGCAGUAUGAUGUCCUUGCCAUUGCAGAAGGUGAAUCCAUAUCUUGUUCAUCGCGUCUACUCAGCUUAUAACAAUGUCAUGAUUAGUUGA